CAUGUGCGCUGAGGGCGAUGACGCUCAACUACCUGAUUCCUCUCCAGCCCGUCUCUCUCUCUCUGUCUCUCUCUCCCUCAGUGGGUCUGUCAAACCCACCGAGCUGCUCAGCCAGCCUCUCACAGACAUGAACCAGUAGCGCGCUCGCCUUUCUCAUGAACAAGGGGCUGAGGGUCAUUUAUCGAGAUCGAUAGGGCGCUCUGGAGAAGCCAGGACAAUGACAUACAAAAACAGCAGAGAACAUUCACCUCUAUGCGUUUUAUGCUACUGUUUAGCCGGCAGGGGAAGCUGCGACUACAGAAAUGGUACACGGCCACAGCAGAGCGCGACAAGAAGAAGAUGGUGCGAGAGCUCAUGCAAGUGGUGCUGGCCAGGAAACCCAAAAUGUGCAGCUUCCUGGAGUGGAGGGACCUAAAGAUAGUGUAUAAGAGGUAUGCCAGUCUGUAUUUCUGCUGUGCGGUUGAGGAGCAAGACAACGAGCUGAUUACCCUCGAGGUCAUCCAUCGCUUUGUGGAGCUGCUGGAUAAGUACUUCGGCAGUGUGUGCGAGCUUGACAUCAUUUUUAAUUUUGAGAAGGCUUACUUCAUCUUGGAUGAAUUUCUGAUGGGGGGAGAAAUCCAAGACACUUCCAAAAAGAGUGUACUCAAGGCAAUUGAACAGGCUGACCUGCUUCAAGAGGAGGACGAGUCUCCUAGGAGCGUAUUGGAGGAGAUGGGCCUGGCAUAGAAUCCAUUCCACCUUAGAAAGGACAUCUUUAGGUACUACUGCUCCACGUGGUGAAGGGAUGGGCUUUGUUGAAAUGGGUAUUCGGGAGGGGGGGUUGAAAAAUUGGGAGGACCAGAUGGAUGGAUCGAAAGACUGUAGACGACUUUGAUACUACUGAGUUCAGCAUGUGAUUGUACUUUUUUUUUUCUCCAGUCCCCAAAUUCAGUGUCUUCAUACUGUUAAUAUAGUUGUGUCUAGCUAGAAUUUCUUCUUUCGUGAGACACGAAGAUUAUAAGUAAUACAGAGGUUAUUGCAGGUGGGACCUUGUGGAACUUGACACAGAGCCAUUUAUUUAAAAUGAGUUCAUCAAAGUACAUUGAGCCUUACCUUGGGAGCGAAUUGAGAUGGUUGCACAAUCUCAGCUUUUGGCCUGUGUGGACGUUAUCUACAGUAUACCUGCAAUCUCAAAUUAAUAUAUUCAUAAAUAUUUUGAUUCUAUUUUUACUGCUCAGGAAAGAUUGACAAUGACCAUUCAUUCAUGCAUGUCUAUUUUUUAAAUGUGAUGCAGAGUUUUAAGUGAAAGAACUGUCAACUUGAACUGCUUGCUUUUGCAGUGUAGGGACUAGGGCUGCACAAUAUGGACUACAUACUGUAUUGCACAUACUGCAAUAUGUUACAGACACGAUAAACUGGAAACUCUUGAUAUAAAAAUGUAUUUAAGGCUGGCCUGCAUUAUUUUGAUGACAACAAUAUUUAACGUUUUUCAGAGCAGGUUAAGUCUUUUAUCACACAUUGACAGACACAUUGUUUUUAAGACCUGAGGACACUUACAACUUACAAUCAAUAAAAUGCAAUGCUUAUUAUCUUCUUUGGAUAUUGUAGCCUUCUGCAAUAUCAGAAUUGCAAAGGACAAUAUUGCAAUAUACUGCGAUCUGUUAAUACAUUGAUAUAUCGUGCAGCCUUAGAAGGGACCACACAAUAAAUCUGUGUAUGUGUGUGUACGUGUGUAUGUGUGUGAGUGUGUUUAUAGUCACUGGGAGGACUACCUGUGCUCUCAGCUUUUGGCGUGUGCAGUUUUCCAUUAAAGCAGUUUUCCAAAUGAGCCAGAUUUGAAAAUAAAGCGUGGUGUGCUUUUCCGACCUACGAAACUGAAGUGGAAUGUUGAAUAGGCAUUUUAAAUCAGUAGAAUAUUGAAUACGCUGUUGCAUAUGGUCUAUUCAUUUUAUUCUAAUUCUAUGAACGACAUUCGAAAAGUCGUUGAAUGUGUAUCUUAAUAUAAAAACAAGGCACAAAUGACUCCAACCCACAAAAUAGCUCUGAACCCCCUCCCCCUUUCCUGUUUUGUCUCUGUCUACUUCCUGCUUUCCAAAGAGAUGUUUUUGACUGUAACCGUGUGUAGUUGAGGAAUAAAAAGGGAACUAAUAUUUGAAUAACUCCUUGAAACACAAAGAAAGAGGGUUAUGACAUCGAGUGUGACGUAGUUUGGAGAAAAAGUAACACACAAAAAAAAGCUUUUUAACGUGUCUUGUGAAAUAAAAGAAUGUUUUGAGAAGAGUUGUGUUUUUUUUUUUUUUUUUUUCUUUUAAUACUGAAAUGUUGAGUCAUUCUGUGUCGAAUCGCUCGGCACCACCUGUCUUGCGUUUUGGUGCUAGUACGUACCGAGAAGGUACAUGAUGCUGAAGGUGCUCUCUGAACCCUGUGGGCGAGGAGGUUAAUUGAAUGCAGAGAGGAUGUUUAGAGGUUCCUUUCAGCUAGUUUAUAAUGUCUUAUCUGCAGAUGGUGAUUUGUCUUAGCUCUGUCAGUGUUAAGUAUCUCAAUUUAAUUCACAUCCGCCUCAAAAUAAAGUCUGUGAAGCGCAUAGUUUUAACUAUAGAACUGUACAGCCUGCCGUUACUGAACAGGAGGAGGUCGUUGAAGAAGAUUAUUUUUUCCCCAGUUUACUUGUUAGUCAUGUAUGACUUUGUGCAGAAAUCCACUUCUGUUUUUUUUUUUUUAAGUUUUAUUAAACUUAUUUAUUUAAAGAAAGCAAGGUUAGUCCAAAUUUAAUUAAUUAAUAUUCUGAAGGAACAUCAGAAAAACAAAAUGUAUGUAUUAAAAUAUAUAUGAUUUUUUUCUUAGAUACAAACAUGUUCAAACAGCAGCAUGGACGUAUUACUGUAUCGCAGCCUCUGCUACAGUGGCUCCAUGAUCUUUGCCAGAUGGUGCUGAACCGGUGUUUGUUCAGGUGAUUUGACGCAGAAUGGCUCAAUUAAGUAACUCAGCAUGAGGGCAUGUCUACCUGCCAAAUAGCUGUCAGGUAACGAAUCAGAUUGUGUGUGAAUGUAAUUUUAUAAUGAAAUAAAAACCCAAUUUCAUUGUA